AUGAGUUGGAAUGUUAGAGGUAUAAAUAAGAAGAAUAAGCAGAUAACUAUUUUGGAUGUCUGCCAGAUGAAUAAGAUUGGUAUUGGAGCUCUUCUAGAAACAAAAAUUAAGGUUGAUAAACUGAAGGAAGUAAUGGAAACUAGUUUUCAGGGUUGGAAUUAUCAUAAUAGUAUGAGGUUGGAGGGUCGAAUUCUUUUGAUAUGGAAGGAUAGCUGGGUCAAAGUGGAAGUUAUUAAAGAUCAUUAUCAAUUUCUGCAUUGUAGAGUUCGGUUUUGUAUCACUGGCCAAGAGUUUUGCCUUACUGUGGUAUAUGAUUUUAAUGCUGCUUUUGAUCCUAGUGACAGAAGAGGUGGUAGAUGUAUUUCGAAAAAAAAGCUUGAAGAUGCUAGGAAUUGGCUUGAUCUUGGUCUGGUGGAAGAAAUGAAAUUACUGGGCUCAUUUUACACUUGGUCUAAACUAGACAGGGUUUUUGUCAAUGAGGACUGGCUGGACAUUUUCCCUUCUGUUAUAGCUGCUGCUCGUUGGGAAGUGACUUCAGACCAUUGUGUUGUUAUUCUGAAACGAACAGAUCAGAUUUCAUGGAAACUUAUUCGGCUUAAGCACGAGUUGAAGAAGUUUAAUUGGAAGAUUAUUGGGGAUGUGGCUAGGAAUUUUGAGGAUAGUAAAGUUGAGCAUCAAAAGGCAAAGUCUGAGCUCUUUUCUGACUCGCAGAAUCAAAUCAUAAGUUCAGCUGAGAGAAUAUCAUUUAUGAGAUUUAAAAACCAAGAGAAGAUCUAUGGCAGCUUCCUUAGACAAAAAAGUAAGAUAGAGUGGCUCCAAUUUGGUAAUGAAAAUUCCUCCUACUUUCACGCCUAUAUGAAGCAAAGGAAGAGAGCUAAUAGAAUAGCGUCUUAUAUAACAGAAGAUGGCAGUGUUGAGGACAACUAUCCUAAGGUAAUUCAUCACUAUGUUGAGCAUUUUAAAACUGCCCUGGGUUGUCCUAAUAAAGCUACAGGAAAGACAGAUUAUGCCAUAACAGAUCUGGGUCCGACUUUGAGUGUUGAAGAUCAGCUGGCUCUAAUCAAGCCUUUCUCAAGCAAAGAUGUCAAAGCAGCGAUGUUUAGUAUUAGCUCUAUAAAGAGCCCUGGUCCAGAUGGGUAUAUUCCUAAAGCAAUGAAUAAUACUAUUCUAACCCUCAUCCCUAAGGUUGAUCACCCAAAUAUAGCUGCUGAUUUUAGGCCAAUAGCCUGCUGCACUACCCUUUACAAAUGCAUUUCCAAAAUGCUAUGUCAUAGGAUGAUUGGUGUUCUUCCAAAGUUGAUCAACCAGAACCAAGGGGCUUUUAUAAAAGAUAGGACUCUUGCUCAUAAUGUUUUAAUUCUCCAAGAUCUCUUAAAGGGUUACAAAAGGAAGCAUAGUUCUCCUCGGUGUUUAUUGAAGAUUGACUUGAGCAAAGCCUAUGACUCCAUUGAUUGGGACUUUAUAGAGAAUCUGCUGAAAGCUUUAAGAUUUCCUGAUCGUUUUAUAAGAUGGAUCAUGAAUUUUUUGAGAGGUGCCUCUUAUUGCCUUAUGUUGAAUGGUCGUCUUCAUGGUAGCUUUCAAGGAGGUAAAGGUCUUCACCAAGGUGAUCCCAUUUCACCUUUGCUUUUUGUUAUAGUUAUGGAGUAUCUUACUCGAUCCCUGUUUCAAGAAGCUAAAGAAAAAGCCAAUACUAGCUCUAUUCAGAUUAUUCAGCAUACUUUAGAUGAAUUCUCUUCUGCAUCAGGUCUGCUUAUCAAUAAAAGAAAAUCUAGAGCCUAUUUUGGAGGGGUUUCGGUUCAUGAUAAAUCUGUUCUGCUAAAUAUAUCCCAGCUGGUUGAAGGGGAGUUUCCCCUGACUUAUCUUGGCCUACCUUUGAGACCAAUAAAAUGGAAGGAUUUGCUUUGGGUUAAAUGGGUUAACUAUAUUUACUUGAAGGGGACUCAGAAUUGGGAUUACAAUUUGCACCAAGAUUCAAGUUGGUAUUGGAAAAAACUGAUCAAGAUCAGCAAAGCUCUCUCAUUUUCUUUGCUGGAUUAUGUUUCAGCAAAUGGGAAAUUGAUUCGGUCUAGGCUUUAUCACCUGUUUCUACCUAGCAGGCCAAAGCCUAUCAUGAAAGCAAUUUGGUGUUCUAUUUCAGUGCCAAAUCACAAGUUCACUUUGUGGCAAGCUAUUCAUCAAAAGUUGGUCACAAGGGAUAUGUUACUUUACUAUCAUUUUCCUCUUCCUUCUCUGAUGUGCCCGAUUUAUGACCAAGUGCCUGAAAGUCACUCUCAUUUAUUUUUUGAGUGUGUCUUUUCAAGGAGAGUAGUGCAGUCUAUCUUUGAGUGGUUGCAAGGUCUCUGUUGGCCCUCUAAGUUCUCUGACUGGAGCAAUUGGCUGGAGGCAGACAGGAAAAGUUUCAAGGACCGGAUUACUCUAGCUGUUCUUGCAUCUUCAGUUUAUUAUAUUUGGCAUACUCGGAAUAGAUGUUAUUUUGACAGUAGUUGUCUUAUGAUUCCUUCUGUAAUCAGCUUGAUUAAAUCAUCUGUUUCAGCUAGAAUUCUUGGCUUUAAGCUUAGAUCUAAGUUUGUGGCUUCUAGAGCUAAUCAAAUGAUUCAGUUUAUUUCUAGUCUGUAUUGA